AUGGGCGACCGCUACCGCUACAACUCCGGCAGGAGAUCCCCUACUUUCAACCCCGCGCGGGCCUCCAUGCCCGUGAUGAGUAGUGGGUACAGUUCCUUCUACGGCGGCGACAUACACGUCAUGCCCGCUUCCAGAUAUGAAUCCGUGACUCCCCAGCAGUCUCACCACCAUCACCAUCGCCAUAACUCCAACGACUGGCGAGGCCCCAACAUCCCUGUGACUACCACCACGUACACCGUCAGAAAGGAUCCUGUGACGAGAAGCUCAAGCAUCAGGGAAAACAGUCGCACCCGGAGCUCCACGUUCGACACCACUACCAAGAGACCGCCCAUCAUUGUUACCACGCGGCAGAGCAAGGAGCCUUCGUCAGCCUCUCACAGCACAGCCAGCCAUCAUCCUGCGAGCCCUGCGCCAGACAGGGGCCGGGAUGCCUACCGUUCCAGUGACGAGGACCAAUAUUACACCCAGCCCGCUUCAUCCAUGCGCUCGAGGAGCCAUACGCGGCCUUAUCAUGCCUCCGGAUCAAUCAGCUCGACCUUGGACAACGAAGAGUUUCUGCGCUUGAGGCAGCGGACAAACGACGACAGGCUCGCUCCCUCCCGGAACGGGCAUCGCCGUGAAAGGCCAUCGUCUAUUUACGCAGACCCGCCCCGACUCAGCACUAAGACAGUUGACCUCGGCGAUACUGGUUACGAGUAUACUAAUCCGAGCGAUUUGGCUCGUUAUGACCUGGACAACGACAAGGCGCACACGCGACGUCGCCGAGACAGCAUCGAUCGAAAUACGUAUUACCGCCCAUCCGUCAACGUCGGCACCGAUGCCAGCCGACCGUACGAAGGGCGGGUCAGAGCUCCGCCGCCGUCGCGGGCUCUAGACAGUUACAACAGGAGGAUAGCUGAGGACACUACGGCAGGAAUCUACGACCGGCCCUCCAUGAGAAUGCCUGCACCCCCGGUGAUUCCUGUCCCUGUACCUGACCGUCGGUCAAGCCAGCUGGAUGUACCACCUAGCCCAAUCGAACGAGCCGAUCGAAUCGAACGACGCCCAUCUCGCACCGGUCACCGGCCUGUAUCCCUGUACCAAGACGGACCUACACGGACUUCACAGCCUGAUGACAUUUAUCGGGCACGCGACGAUAAUUACGCCUCCCGGGACCACCGUGAUAGAGAAUACCCUCGCGAUGAUGGCGUCGGCAAUCGUGGAUUCGGCGUCCGAGUCGAAGGCGACAAGAAAGAUGAACGCGUAAGAGACAGAGAACGCGAGGAAUUCGCACCGCCUCGUGACCGUCGCACGGAGCAGCGCCGUGAUGCCCGCUUGGAUGACCGGGAACGUGAGCCCAAGCGCCGAUCAGACGACGACCUUACUCGUCGUGAAAACCGGAAGUAUGUUCGGGAGCAAGAUCGCAAGGAGGAUGAUCCUCGUGCCGAAAGAAAGAGUGGCAAGGAUGAUCACAGUCGCGGCGACGAUGACCGUAACAGGGACAGAGACAAGGAGAAGGAGAAGGACAAGGACAAGAUCCGCGACAAAGUCGCGACCGGCCUCAGCAUAGCAGCUGGCGCGCUUGGUCUCGGCGCCAUGAGCCACAAGAGCAAAGACGAGGAGGAAAAGGAAAGAUCACCCAAGAGACGUGCUGAUGACGAAAUUUGGAAGGAUGAAGUUGAGGAGCGGCAGAAGCCUUCGAGGAAGGAACCUGAUGAGCGACCUGUGCCGCGCGACGAUACCGACGAAAAGCGGAGAAGGGAGCGAGAAGUCGACGAGGCUGAAGACAAGGAUCGUAACAGGCGCGAGGCUGAGGCUCGGCUUUCAGGGGAGCCAACCAUGAGCGGUGCCCGCGACGGAAGCUCUUCUGACGAGAGCAAGCCCCGCCGAAGACGGCGGCCGUCCUCCGCCUUCAGGCCCAACGACACGGCCGGCCUGAUGGCGCUGAAAGAGCAGCUCAAGGCCAAGGAGGAGUCCGACAAGGAAAACGAGAAAAUCCCCAGCAAGGAGCCGUCUCCUGACCGGCAAUCUCAGCCGUCGCCAACCAAAAGAGGAGCAGACUCCAACGACGACGCCAGAGGUCGUGACACAGCAGUCGGCGGCGACGAGAGACAAGUCCGGGUUGUUUCACCGCCCAGAGACAAGGACGACAAGAAGCCCAUCAAGGGAAUCCUCAAGCAGCCCAAAGUCCAGUUUCCGGAGGACCUGAACCCCGUCCGAGAAGGUGUUGCGCCUCACAAGGACGACAAGACGAAGACUAACGUGCCGCCCGGGGCGCGCUGGACCAAGAUCAGCCGCAAGUUGGUGAAUCCAGAAGCUCUGACCAUCGGCAAAGAACGAUUUGAGGUUCGCGAUGACUUUGUCAUCGUCCUCCGUGUCUUGAACAAGGAAGAGAUCGAGGCCUACACGGCCGCCACUGCACAGUUGAGAGAAAUGCGACGACAAGAAUUUGAAAAGGAUCAAGAGCGAGACAAAGAUGACGACCGAGACGACGAUGAUGAUGAAGAUAGACGGAGACCGCAUAGAUCGCACCGACGAGAUCCGCGUGAUGAGGAGGAGGAUGAGAAGAAACGACGCGAGGAGAGACGCGAACGCGAACGUGAAAAAGAACGGGAGCGCGAGCGUGACGCUCGGUCAAAACGGCACCGAAACGAAGAGGACGACGAGCCACGUAGACUCGAGUACUACGCCGAUGACAAUGACCGCGGUGGCCUCCCACACCGGUCGCACCGUCACCGGGAGCGGGAACGGGAACGGGAGAAAGUUCCAGUCAGCGUGAGGGCCGACUGA